AUGGCGCCGACUAGUACGGUUGACAAAAGUGAAGCUCUCACAACGGAGCUGAAUAAAAUUAAUAAAAGUAUAUUGAUCGACAUUUUGGUGCAGCGAUCAGUGCCGGAUAGUGUUACCAAUAAAGUAGUUAAAAAAUUUUUCGAAAAGUUCUUCGAGGAAACGAGCAAACACGAAACCUCCUCUCGCCCGGUUGGUGACGUGCCUGUUCUAACAAAUGAGUGGCGGAUGAAUAUGGAAAAUGAGCAUCUGACGAAACAAUUUGAAUUGUGCCAGCAACUAAAUCAUGAGUUGAAUAAAAGAAUCAAGGAUCAAGAGCUUAUAAUCAAACUCUCACAAAACAGUGAUUUGAAAGGUAAUUCUAAUCUAAGUCCAAAUUCUGAUAACAAUGUUGAUCCACCUCCUACAAAAAACAUAAACAACAUUGCUACUGUGGAUAUUCCUUCUCAAGUAAUAAAUAUCCGUGAUGGCCUUGACCCUGAGAUGAGUAGUUCAUCUGGAAAUGCGGCCAUGCGCAUGAAUAUAAACAAAUUUGAAUCUAGGGGAUCUAAUCGGCGUAGUCCUGAUGUACCGAUUCAACUGAUGUCAAAUUCUGACAAGUAUGUCAGGGUGGAACCUGAUAUGACACACUCUGACAUUUCAGGGUUAAAAACAAGAACAAAAGUAAACAAUAAUAAACUUUUUACUGGUAAAGCCUCAGUUUCAAACUCUAAAAUGAAAGGAGCUCCAAAGUUUAUCAAUAUCUACGUUGGUAGAAUUCUUGGAAAUGUUAGUGAGGAGGAUAUGGAAGAAUUUCUCAUGUCUACUUGGCCUGAUAUUAUUAUAAAGUGUUCUCAAUCACUACUCAAGAACGAAAAAAUAACUCUGUGUCAUUUAAAUGCUAGGGGUGUUGCUGGAAAAGAAUCCUUUUUUGAAAUGCUACUUCAUAUUUACGAAAAUACUCAAGUUAUGUCAAUAACCGAGCACUGGCUGAGUCAGGAAGAAGCUGAAGUUUUUUCGCUAGAGGGAUGGCAGCUGGCUCACAGCUACAACCGUAAACAUUUUAAGAGGGGUGGUGUUUUAACAUUGUGUCGUUCCCAUUCACCUUUUGUUUGUCUAGAUGAGGUAAAUAAUUUAUCUCUAGAUUUACAUUGUGAAAUUUCUGCAAUAAAGCUAUUACAGUAUGAUUUGAUAUUGAUUUCAAUUUAUAGAGCACCUAAGAGUGAUUUUCAUAUGUUCUUUGAUAACCUUGAAAAGAUUUUUGGAAUACUUAGUACUACACAGUGCAGAGUUGCAUUCCUUGGGGAUUUCAAUCUACUUUUUAACUCUCCUGACAAGAAUUGUAAAUCUUUUUGUGAUAUUAUGAAUUGUAACGGUUUUGUUCGUACCAUUUUUGAGCCAACUAGGGGGCCGAACUGUAUUGAUAACAUAUUUAUAAAUUUUGGUGGGGACUCUGGUGGUUAUUUUUCCAGGGUGGUGGAGUUCGAAUUUUCCGAUCAUCGUGCCCAGUUGCUGGAGGUGAACAUUCCGGCGGGAAUGGUGGAUGAUACCUUGGUGAAGUCUUUUCGACCCUUGACUGAAGAGGGUAUGUUUUCUUUUCAUAAUGUGUUGUCUUCUCUCUCAUGGAUUUUUUUGUAUGAUGGCGGUGGUACCGUUAAUGACCGUUUUGGUGUGUUCGUUGAUGUCAUUACCGAUGCAUUCCAAUUGUGUUUUCCUUUCAGGAUGAUGAAAUCUAGGGGCAAGGAUGGGGGUGUACGCUGGUUCACACGUGAACUAAAGAGUAUGCGCGAUGACCUACAUUUGCUAAAUGAUAUGUAUUCCCACUUUCGAACUGAUGAGUUAAAAAGAGCUCGUAAUAAUUUUAGGUUAAAAUAUAAGCGAAGAGUGAAACAGGUCAGGAUUGAGGCUAAUGAUAAUAUUAUCAAAAAUUCUAAUAAUGUUGCUAGGACUAUGUGGUCGCUGAUAGGGAGUAAAAAUGAUUCGCGAAAUGGAAACAGUCUGAACUUUUCUUCAGAUGAGUUCAAUAGCUUUUUCGCAUCCGCUGCCCAUGAAACUUUGAAAGAUCUGGGUGAUCAGGUUUUCGACCCUGUAGGUAUAAUUCCUGUGGUGGAGAAUACUGCUUUUUCCUUCUCGGAAGGAUGGUGUCCCAAGAUGUUGGAUACAGUCAAUAUCUCGGCUCUCAGACAAGAUAGAAAGUUCAAACAAAAAGUUUUAACUUAA